CCCUCAAUUCAACAACGGUUACAUAGUUACACAUUUAUUCCACUUAAACAUGGAGAGAGCAAACACUAAAUCUACUUUGAAGUUUGUCAAGAACGGUUCACAAUCUUCAUCUCAAUGGAGUAGUACUGAUUCUAAAGGAAUGACAAAAGAUGUACUCAAAGAAAGGUUUUAUGACAAGAAUAAGGGUUCAAGAAAAUCUCCUACAAAAGAAAAUACAAAACCACAAGAAUUCAAACUCCACACACAAGAAAGAGCUGUCAAACGUGCAAUGUUCAACUAUGAAGUGACAACAAAAUUAUAUCUCAUGGAGUUGCGAAAGAGACAAGAGGAGAAGUUGAUGAAGAUGAUUGAAGAGGAAGAGAUACGUUUGCUUAGGAAAGAAAUGGUUCCACGAGCUCAAUUGAUGCCUUACUUUGAUAAGCCAUUCUUCCCACAAAGAUCAAACAGAACAGUUCCAAGAGAAUCAUGCAUUCACAUGAUGAGUAGCAAGUGCUGGAGCUGCACCUCUGGCAAUGGAUUUUACAACAUGCACCAAUGUGGUCAUCAAGCUCUUAACAACCCCAUUAAAUAGAAGCUUUAUACAGUUGCGAAGAGAAGCAUCUAUAAUGUCACAUUAAUUUCAUGCAUGUUGUACACUAUCCAUGCCAUGCCAUAGAGAGAAAACUUAAGAGCUUUUGUACCAUAUAGCCUAGCUCCACUUAAUUAGACGGCGAGAUUUUUUUAUUUUUUUUAUGUAUUCUUUGUCACAAAUAAUAAAGAUGAAUCGUGUUUUUUGUG